AUGGCUAAGGCCUAUGACAGGGUCUCUUGGUCAUACAUUUGCUUGGUUCUUAGGAAAAUGGAGUUUGAUGAAGUAUUCAUUGAUAUGACUUGGAGGAUCAUGACUAAUAAUUGGUACUCCAUCAUUAUCAAUGGCAAGAGAUAUGGAUUCUUUCACUCAACAGGAGGUUUGAAGCAAAGUGACCCCCUCUCCCCAGCCCUAUUUAUUUUAGGUGCUGAGAGUUCGGGACAACUCAUUAAUAUAGCCAAAAGUCACUUUUUUAUUCCAUCCAAUGCUUUCAGGACUACUUCUGACAUAAUCAAGAAAUAUAUUGGCAUUCACCAGAAAGAAGCUCCAAUCACUUAUCUUGGAUGCCCUCUCUUUAUUGGUAGACCUAGAAUUAUCUACUUCUCAGAAAUGGUCAACAAAGUGGUUAACAGAAUCACAGGCUGGCAAUCACAAAUGUUGGGUUAUGGGGGCAAAGCUACUCUAAUCAAGCAUGUCCUACACACACUUCUUAUACAUCUACUAUCAGCUAUUUCCUCUCCCUCGACCACUAUUAAGAAAUUCAGGGAAUCAUGGAUGAUUUCUAUUGGGGUUGGAGAAAUGAUAAGAAAAACUAUCACUGGUCGUCUUGGAAGAACCUAA